UGAUCUUCAAUGGCAGAUUAUCUGAAGUACCUUGGUACCACAGCAGGUGUCGCCACUAUUAGCGCUGUUACUAUAGCAGCAGGUUAUUACAUGAUGGGAACAAAAACUACUCCAAUGGAUCCUUCUAUAGAUUUGAACAACCAAUCACAGCUCGCACCGGGUGACAAAUAUGCGAGGGUGUCCAUGUUAUGCAAGGAUGGGGUCCUUCGUGAGUACAUGUUUGAGGAUGCUCAAACUUUACUUGAAGCUAUGCAAAGAGGUGCCAGAGUAUCAGAGAAUGGUCCAGCAGUAGGCUGGCGAGAAGCUCCAGACAAACCAUUCACAUGGACCCACUAUAAUGAUGUAUUGACCAGGGCCUCUAAUGUAGGAGCAGGUCUUAUAUACAAGGGAUCCGAACCUGGGAAUAAAUCACAUAUCGGCAUCUAUUCACAAAACAGACCCGAGUAUGUGUACUCAGAGUUUGGCUGCUAUGUGUACUCAAUGGUUAUAGUUCCCCUGUAUGACACGUUGGGACCAGAGGCUUGUACUUAUAUUAUUAAUCAAGCCAAACUAGAAACAGUGAUAAUAGAUACAAUAAGGAAAUGUGAGACUCUACUGAAUGAAAUAGAGAACACCCCAGUGUUGAAACGUAUCGUCUUGAUACCAACCCCCACCCCUGAGUUAGAGACAAGAGCAAAAACAGCUAAUGUAGAGAUAAUAAAAUUCAGUGAUCUGGAGAAACUGGGAGAAGAAAAUCCAGCAACACCUGUGAAACCAAGGCCAGAUGAUUUAUGCACAAUUUGUUACACAUCGGGAACGACAGGUAACCCUAAAGGUGCGAUGAUUACACACAAGGGUCUCAUUGCAUGUAUAUCUGGGGUACAGGAUCAGCUGAAUUUUGUUGACAUUGGCCCAAGUGAUGUGUUAGUAUCCUACCUUCCUCUUGCCCAUAUGUAUGAGAGACUUUGUGAGUCUUACUGCUUCAUGAACGGAGCCAGCGUCGGAUAUUUCCAAGGUGAUAUCAAGACUCUGAUGGAUGAUAUAAAGGAACUGAGACCCACAUUGUUCCCUUCUGUACCACGUUUGCUCAACAGACUCUAUGAUAAGGUGAUGGCAGGAGUUAGCUCCAGUUGUAUUAAGAAAACACUGUUCAAUAUGGCAAUGAACAGCAAGAUGAAAGAUGUUCAGAAAGGUAUUGUUCGAAAUGACACGAUCUGGGACAAACUUGUGUUCAGCAAGGUGCAGCAGGCAUUAGGGGGGCGCGUGAAACUGAUUGUGACAGGAAGUGCGCCACUGUCAUCAAGGGUCCUUAACUUCUUACGAUGUGCUGCAGGUUGUGUGGUACUUGAAGGCUAUGGAUCAACAGAAACAUCAUCAAUUUCUACACUACAGAGGCUCAGAGAUGGAGCCUUAGGGCAUGUUGGACCUCCAUUAUCCUGUUCCAAAGUCAAACUGGAAGAUGUUCCAGAACUAAAUUACUUUGCUAGCAAUAACCAGGGAGAGGUAAUAGAAGGUUUUGGAAGUACUGAGGCCACUGCAACUGCUACAAUGACAUUGAAGGGUGAAAGUGAGGGUGGUCAUGUAGGACCUCCUCUCCCUUGUUGCAUGAUUAAGCUGAUUGACGUUCCAGAAAUGAAGUACUUUGCUAGUGAAAACACAGGAGAGGUGUGUGUAAAAGGUCCCAAUGUAUUCAUGGGCUACCUUGACCUCCCUGAGAAGACAGCAGAGGCUCUAGACUCUGAGGGUUGGUUACAUACGGGUGAUAUUGGACAAUGGCUUCCAAAUGGUACAUUGAAGAUUAUAGACAGAAAGAAGCACAUCUUCAAGCUUGCCCAAGGUGAAUACAUUGCCCCAGAGAAGAUAGAGAAUAUCUAUGUGAGAAGUCAGGCGCUUGCCCAACUCUUUGUAUAUGGAGAAAGUCUACAGUCAUUCUUGGUGGGUGUUUGUGUACCUGACCCUGAUACAUUCACAGCAUGGGUGAAAGACAAGUGCAAGCUAGAAGGAGAUAUAGAAGAACUCUGCAAGAAUGAGACGGUGAAGAAAGCUAUUCUUGCUGACAUCACUGAUAUAGGAAAGAAAGCAGGAUUACAUUCAUUUGAACAGGUGAAAAACAUCCAUUUACAUCCAGAGUUAUUCAGUGUAGAAAAUGGACUGCUUACUCCAACAUUUAAAACAAAACGAAAUGACCUGAAGGCCUUAUUUGCCCCUCAGAUAGAACAAAUGUACGCUAGCACUUUCUAAAUGCUCGCCAACUCAAUUUAGGUGUAUACUAACACAUUCUAGAUGGUGGUGCCAUGAUGUAAAUCCUGGGUCUCAAGUUAAAGGAUUGGUCAUGUUUUAAAUGCAAAUUGUAACACUAUGAUUGUGUAUCAAAAACUAUUUUUCCAGUUCAAUCACGUCCUUGUGUUCAAUCAAAUGUUGAUGUUAUCGUUAAAUGUUUCUUCAAUAUUUUGUUUUUUGAAUGAGCUAGGCCUAUACAUGUACAUCAUUUGAAUUUUUGCAUGCAACUUGAUCUCAAAAGACAUUAAGAUUUGCAGGAUUGGUGUAUUAUCGUACUGAGAAUUUGGACAAAAAUCUCUGGAUAAAAAUCUCCUAUAGUAAAUACUGUAUCCCAAUUAAUAUUUGAUGCUUUUAUAUCUCACAUUUUUGCGAUUUUGAAAUAAUAAUUAGAACUAUUUGGAAUUUUGCAGCUUUUAUAUUUUUCCCAAUUUUCUGGACAAAAAUGUUAAAUAUAGAUGCACGCAAAAAUUACCAGGAGUACAGUUUAGCUUCAUUCAAACCAGCCAGUAUUGAACC